UCACACCUCCGCAAUCACACUUCUUGCAUAAUUUACGAAACACCUCACUUCACUUUCAAAGUUCGCUGAUUUAGGUCGGGUCUUCAAAAGUGGAAAAUCGUCUCGUCAUGCAGUGUCCCUUCCUGAACCGCUUCACCGCCAACUUCGUCCGCAAUUACGCGGAGACGCUAUGCCAAUCCUACGGGAUGCAUUGCCCCGUGGUUGGCAAGACCUUGAGUGCGGGCGAGAAAAAACUUUCACUCGUCGCCCCAAGUGUUACAAGGUCUUACUCGACGGGGUCUAAUGCUAAUGCGUUCGUUGCUGACGCAAAACCCGCAUCUGCUGACCCUGGAAAAGCGACCUCGGAGACCUUUCCCUACGAGCGCUUCUUCAACGAGCAGAUCAUGAAAAAGAAACGCGACCACUCCUACAGGGUCUUCAAGAAGGUCAAUCGUCUGGCUGGCGACGGGCUCUUUCCCCACGCGCUGGAGUACUCGGAGCGGACGGAGAAGCCCAUCACGGUGUGGUGCUCCAACGAUUACCUGGGCAUGUCCGCGCAUCCGAGUGUAAAAAGGGCCGUUCAGGAGGCCCUCAAUAUGCACGGAUCGGGUGCUGGCGGCACCAGGAACAUCUCGGGCAACUCGCUCCACCACGAGCGCCUUGAGCGAAAGCUGGCCGAGCUCCACCAGAAGGAGGCUGCCCUGCUGUUCACUUCGUGCUUCGUGGCCAACGAUUCCACGCUGUUCACGCUCGCCAAGCUCCUACCAGGCUGCCAGAUCUUCUCCGAUGCGGGCAAUCACGCCUCCAUGAUAAUGGGAAUACGGAACAGCGGGGUGCCCAAGCACAUCUUCCGGCACAACGACGUGGACCACUUGCACAAGCUACUUAAGCAGACGGACAAAAGCACGCCCAAGAUCGUGGCAUUUGAGACAGUACAUUCCAUGACGGGGGCCAUCUGCCCGCUCGAAGAGCUGCUGGACGUGGCCCAUGAGCACGGGGCCAUCACGUUUAUCGACGAGGUGCACGCCGUGGGAUUGUACGGCGACCAUGGUGCCGGGGUCGGUGAACAAGAGGGUGUGCUGCACAAAAUGGACAUCAUAUCGGGAACCUUGGGCAAGGCGUUCGGUAACAUUGGGGGUUACAUAGCUGGGUCCGAUAAGCUGGUCGACAUGAUCCGAUCGUAUGCGGCUGGCUUCAUCUUCACCACCUCGCUGCCGCCCACUGUGCUUUGUGGCGCACUGGAGGCUGUCAAUAUCUUGGCAUCGGAGGAAGGUCGUCAAUUGCGACACAUGCACCAGCGCAACGUCUCGUACCUAAAGAACUUGCUGAAAAGAGAAGGUUUUCCCGUCGAAGAAACACCAAGUCACAUCAUUCCCAUCAAAAUCGGCGACCCUCUUAAAAGCAGUCAAAUCUCAAACGUGCUGAUCGAACAAUUUGGACACUACUUGCAGUCAAUUAAUUACCCAACAGUAGCCCGCGGUCAGGAGAAACUCAGGCUAGCCCCCACUCCUUUCCACACUUUCGAAAUGAUGAAUGCCCUGGUUACCGAUCUGAAGAAAGUGUGGGAAAUGGUGGACCUCUCGACAAACGUCCCGCUUUCGCCCAAUGGAUGCAUGUUCUGUAACUCGGAGAGCUGCUGGCACCAGGAUGCGUCACCCGACCUCGAAUGUGGAAUUCCCAACUGCCCAAGGUUGGAAAUCUCCGUUGCAGCAUAGUAUCCUCUUAUAAAAGGAGUCUAACCGAAGCAUUCGAAAUAUUAAGAUAUGCCUAAACAUAACUUUGUGGUUUUGGACAAAUAAACAAUGGUUUUGGUGCAAUAUAAA